UCAAAAAUUUUCAUCACUUCAAACUCCGUAGAAUAAUCAUCAGUUGGAACCUCAAAAAUCCAAAGCUCAAUUCUUGAAUUGAGCUCGAAGUUUCAUCGCUGGAUGCUUGUAUUGCUCUUCCGUUGUUUCAGAGUGAUACUUACUAUCUUAAAGAAAGUUUACAAUCAAGAUGUCAAGUGUAAACCAACAAGCACAAGGAUUUGGAUCAAUUCUAGGAUUUGAAUGUGAAAAAACAAAAUAUAACACUACUACUAAUUCAAUAAGGAGGACUCUUUCAGCAGUUGACAUGUCUUCUAAAAAAUGGUUAAGUAGUACUCAGUCUGAAGUUUCACCAUUAAGAAAGAUUGCUUCUUCUGAUGAACUACAAAUUGCUGCUGAUCAAGAUAUUGUUGAAGAAAAGAAUGAUCUUUCUCAACAACAACAACCAGGACAGGUUGAUAUUUGGUGUUCAAUUCUAACCCAAAAUUCAUCACAUCUUCCACCUCCUUAUGUUCAUCCUCUUGUGAAACAAUCCAAGAGUUGUUUAUCUCUUAAAAGCCUUGAGAUUUGUACUGAAAACUUAGGUUCUGAAUCUGGGUCUGAUGGUUAUCCUCAUUCAGAUAUCAGUCUUUCUGAUACUGAAGAACAAGAAGCAAUUGAACAAGUAGUUGUAGUAAAAGAGAGAUCAGAGUUGGUCAAAGUUGAUAAGAAUGAAGUAGAGGUAGUAAACUACAGUAAGAAGUACUCAUCACCACCACCAGCAGCUUGUAGAUCAUUCCCACCCCCACUUAAAUCACUCUCUAAAUUCCCACCUCCACUGAAAUCACUCUCUAAACCAGGAGGCGGUGGCAUUCAAAUGAAAACUCAUCGUAAAGAUGGAAGAUUAGUUCUUGAAGCUGUCUCUGUUCCUACUUCUAUAAACUUCUUCAAUGCUCAACGUCGAGACGGUCGUCUUGUUCUAACUUUUGUUUCACCCAUCCGAGAAUCCAAAUCUGAAUCAGAAGAUAUUUUCGAAACCGAUGAGGAGGUAGACCUCGAAUGUAGUCAUGAUAUUGAGAUUGAAGAUGAAGAAGCAGAAGAAAACAAAGGGAUUUUGUUGGAAAUGAUUCCAAAACUGCCAACUGGAGUGAUAAAUGUUCACAGAUCAGCACUUAUGGUGAAUAAGUUUACAGGUCUGACAAACAACAGGAAUAACCUAAUAUCUUGCUGGUCAUCAUCAUCAACAAAACUACUACCACAAUCACUACCAAUAUCACCACAACCAACAUUAGCUUCAGGGGCACCACGAUUAGUACCGAAACAACAAACCGUCGCGGCCACUGCUGCAGUGGUAGAGCCUACUUUCAACAAAUAUGAGUACUGUUGGCGAAAGGAUACUACAUCGUCAAUGGUACCAGUUAGUGGAAUUCAUCAUCUACUUAACCAACAACAAUCACUACCCAACACCAAAAAGACUUACAACCACCACCACCAUAAUAACGAUAAUAAUCUCUUAACCCGUAAGAAUAAUUAUUACAUCAACAAUAAUAAUAACAAUUCAAAAGGAGGUCAUGAUUAUAAGGAGGAGAAACAGAUGAAUGGUAUUAGAGAAAAGCAGGUUGUUGAUCAACAUUUGAUAGUCCCAGCUUUCUGCAAACCGGAGCCAAGGAAAACUUCAGUGUUUUGGGAACCUCCUCACUGCAUUGCCACAUCUUAAUUAAUUCGUCGAAAACAUUUUUACUUCUGGUAUUAAUCAUGGAGAGUAUAUUAGAUGAGAUAUGAUGCAGAGUAUAUGUGAUAGCGGCCGGGGUGUCAACAUUGUUAUAAAAUAGUAACAAACGGAACACUGUAAUUUGUGAAUGAGAGAUAUUUAAUUUUGAAAUAAAAAUUGAUAUUAUUAUUACGAA